CGAUGCGCGUAGAUUACGCAAUGGAUCGUACUGCGUAAUGGCGUCUGUUCGGAAAAUGCGCUUGAAAAAUGAAGCGAAGAAGUUUACUGAAGUAAUUCCAAACUUUAAAAGGAUAUUUACUGUGAGGUUUUGUUAUAGGAUUUAAAGACUAUUUUCCUUCCACUGGUUCUGUUAUAAAACCCGCAAUGAUGAAGCUUAAAUCGAACCAAACGCGGACAUACGACGGAGAUGGCUUCAAGAAGCGCGCCGCCUGUCUGUGCUUCAGAAGCGAGAGUGAGGAAGAGGUUUUGUUGGUGAGUAGUAGGCGACAUCCAGACAAGUGGAUUGUACCCGGUGGAGGAAUGGAACCUGAGGAAGAGCCCAACGUUGCUGCUGUUCGAGAGGUGUGUGAGGAGGCCGGUGUAAAGGGGACAUUGGGGCGACUAGUUGGGGUAUUUGAGAACAGAGACAGGAAGCACAGAACGUAUGUCUAUGUCCUUACAGUAACCGACAUCUUGGAGGACUGGGAGGACUCUGUAAAUAUUGGGAGAAAACGGGAAUGGUUUACUACAGAGGAUGCCAAGAAAAUUCUUCUCUGCCAUAAGCCUGUGCAGGCUUCCUAUUUUGAAGCCCUCCAGAGCUGCCUCACCAGCAACAUGACACCAAUGAUGGCCACAAUGGAAGGAGAACUCUCCACCUCCUACAGUAUCAGCCAGAGUUCCAUGUCCAGUAAAAGUUGACUAAAGCUUAGUGCUACAGAGGCUUCUGGAUACCUCCACGUCCUCUUUUUUUUACUUAGAAUGUUAACAGUACUGCUUUUGCUCAUUUUCUAACUUUAACAACAACUGAAAAGCCUUACCUUCUUGUCCUGGAGUGAAUGUAAAUACUUGACAAGAGACAGGUUAUUUGGUUAUUGAAAUCUGAAGGUUUGCCUUUCUGCUUUUUGCGACUUUCUAUUGCUUUGACUUUCUACUGUGAAAACACUUAUGUAUAUGCACCGUUGAACUGAUUCACAUGCAGGGUAGAUUUUCUAAAUCUGAUACUUUGGGGAAUAGUAUUAUGAAGUGCUGUUUAUCAUGUUUCAUUAAAGGGACAGUUCAACUUCAAAUCAAAAACAAAUGUUUCCUCUUACCCACAGUGCUAUUCAUCUGUCUAGAUUGUUUUAGUGUGAGUUGCUGGGUUUGGAGAUAUCCGCUCUAGAGAUGUCUGCCUUCUCUUCAAUAUAAUGUAACUAGAUUGGGCUAGUCGUGUGGUGCUCAAAGUGGCCCCUUAAAUACAUAUGAAAAACUCAAAAGCAAUGUCUCUUUCCAGAAAUCAUGAUCCGAAGUAUACCGGCCAACUGUACCAUGAGCAUGGAGCACAAGCCUCUCGCCCAUGAGUAUAUGUACGCUUCCUUCUGCACAGUGAAAUGCUUGGCGGGUGUAAUUGGUUGGAAAGAAAAUAGUUCCUACUUGAAACUGCUCACAACAUGGAAGUUAUGAAACAGGAAUUUAUCCUGAGUAACCCGUGCAUGAUUUCUGGGAAGAGACUGUUGAGUUUUUAAACUUUUAAACCUUCCCUUUAAAUCACAAAAUAAUCUAUCCUACUGUACAGCACCUUUUCACUUCAUUCUAUUACCUUAUGUCCGUGUACAUUUGUUUUUAUUUAUUUUAGAGGUUGGUUGAUGGUUAUGCCAUUAUA